GGUCGCCGGGACGCUCGCCGGGAGGCCGCGCUGGCUGUGGUCGCGAGCGGCCGGCGCCUAAGUGACGCAGCCAGUCUGUCUGUGACAGGCCUCGGCCCCGUCUUCCCGGGCGUUUGUUCUGCAUGCUUGUUGCUGGGACCGGGCUCUAAGUGUGGUUAUGUGCUGCUCUUUUUAAGGAAGAAAAACUUACGCCUUUUAUUCAGUAAUCUUGUCUUUGCCCUCCUUUGCCUUUACGUAGAACCCUAAGGCUAAGUAAACAUUGAGAAUGUUGAAAAUAAUCAUCUUGAUGUACCACAUGCUUUUUGGCAAAAUGGAAUUCUGCUUGGAUUGUGUUGGAUGACACUAAUCUGUUUCUUCCCUAGUUGUAUAUAAUUUUGUUCCAUUGCUUUUCUUUUUUUCUUUAAGCAGUGAAUACCAAUUUUUUUCUCUGUUGUUGAGCCUUUCCUGUCAAUGUCAGAAAUCCUUUGUGUUUAAACAGGGCCUCAAUUGCUGAGUAAUGAUGAGGGCCCAACAUAUUAAUAGAUUAGGAAAUACGAAUUUCUAAAGUCCUACAGAAUUUUGUACCUGGGGUUGGCAGCCUUUGAGUGAAGUUGGAGAGGCAGACAGGGCAGGUUGCAGGGGGCUGGAGAGUGACAAGCAGGUGUGGGUUUAUGAUGACAGUUCUGGACUCUUGCACAAAUACCUUGCACAAUUUUAUGUUCAUAAUUGUGUAUUUUCUUAAAGAAUUACCCUUCCACCAAGUUGUGUAAGGUUCAGGCCCCAUAAACCCUGAAUCCACUCCAAGUGGCAAGGCAGGGGUAAGGACAGUUGAAAGGAUUCACCAUGGGGGUUGGGCUGGGAACUCAGACUGCAGUAGGAGGUGGUGGAUGAGCACCAAGAGGAGGAGCAGAUCCAGUGGGAGUGAGAACACAGGAGAGAGCAGCGUGUGAGACUGAGAGCGUGCAGAGGGAGAAGUUUGAGUGAUCGGGCAGCUCAUGCGUGCCAGGCGCUGGGGGAUACAAUGGUGAACAGGAGAGGCAGGCAGUCCUCCCUGCGCUCACAGUCUUGGCACUCACUCUGGAUUUCACCUAGGGGAGGAAGGAGCACAUGUACCAGGGCCUGGCCGUCCCCAAGAGGAUGCCUUUGAGGAUUGAGGCAGGCUAGAUCUCGGGGUUCCUCAUAAGGGUUCAAACUUGAUCCUGUGGCAGGGUAGGGGUGUUGAAUGUUUUAAGCAAGGGAAGACCACAUCUGUGCUUUAGGAAGAUCACCCUGUGUAUAUUAGAGAGAAACUCUUCCACAUAUGCGUGGGGAAAUGGGUACAAAACUUUUUCCACUAAUUGUGGAAUAGUCCAACAAUUGAAAAUAGUGAACUAGAGUUUCAUGUAUCUACAUGGAUAAAUCUCAAAAACAAUGUUCAGCUUUUAAAAAAACUGGUUGCAAAAGGACAAUACCAGUAUAUCACUACUUUGUAUAAAGUUUGAUAACAUACUAUGUGUUAUUAUUUAUAGGCACAUACUCGUGGUGAAAAUAAAAAGCAUGUAUGGGAAGUCAGGUUUGGUGGCUAAGGCCUAUGGUCCCAGCAUGUUGGGAGGCUGAAGUGAGAAGAUCACUUGAGCCCAGGAGUUUGAGUCCAGCCUGGGCAACAUCGUAAGGCCCCAUCUCUUGAAAAAUAAAAAGCAUGUAUGAGAAUUAUAUACACCAGUAGUUCUCAAUCACCUAGAGCAGCAGUCCCCAAACUUUUUGGCACCAGGGAUCAGUUUCACAGAAGACAAUUUUUCCAUGGACCGGGGGUGGGGCAUCACCGCCUCGGCUCCACCGCACAUCAUAGGCAUUAGAUUCUCAUAAGGGGCUGCAACCUAGAUCCCUCACAUGCGCAGUUCAUAGUAGGGUUCAAGCUCCUAUGAGAACCUAAUGUCCCCGCUGACCUGCCAGGAGGCAGAGCUUGGGCAGUGAUGAGCAGUGGGGAGUGGCUGUAAAUACAGAGGAAGCGUCACUCACUCGCCCGCUGCUCACCGCCUGCUGUAUGGCCCAGGGGUUGGAGACCACAGACCUAGAGGACUUAUUAAAACAGAUUUUGUUUCUGAUUGAGUAGUAGGUCUAGGGUGAAGACCUAAGAAUUUGCAUUUCUCCCAAGUUCCCAGAUGAUGCUGAUGUUACAGGUCCAGGGACCUCAGUUUGAGAACCUCCCAUGUACACCAGUUUGAGGACAGUGAUUACUACUUGGGAGGGGUCCAAGGGGGCUUCCACUAUAUAUGUAAUAUUUCUUUAAAAAGGGCCUGAAACAAAUGUGAUGCAAUGUAACUUGACAAAGCUAUAUAGGUGUUCAGGAUCCUACUUUUUAUUUUUGUCUCUGUUUGAAACAUUUCAUGGAAGAAAAAGGAUCCUGUUUGCUGUAUGGAGGAUGGAUUGGAAGAGAGGAAGAAGAGGGAGAUCUUGCAGGAAACUGUUGCAGAAGCCGAGGAAAUCACAGAGGGUAGCACGAUGAAAAAGCAGCCCCAGGACAGCAGGAAAGGCCUGGCACCCAGGGAGGUGCCCCCGGCAGUCAGGCUGCUGCUGGCCAUGGCCCUCAUGAACGCGCUGCUCUACCUCUGCCUGGGUCGGGUCUUUACUUCCCCCCAACAUUCCGUGGGGAACGCCGGGCACUGUCCCUAUGGCCACUUCAAAAUAGGACAGAUGAAAAACUGCUCUCCAUGGCUGUCCUGCGAGGAGCUGAGAACAGAAGUGAGGCAGCUGAAGCACGUUGGGGAAGGAGCCGUGAAGAGGGUCUUUCUGUCUGAGUGGAAGAAACAAAAAGUUGCUCUCUCACGGCUCACCAGUCUGGAGAUGAAGGACGAUUUCCUCCACGGGCUGCAGAUGCUGAAAUCUCUACAGAGCAAACAUGUUGUCACACUGCUUGGCUAUUGUGAAGAUGACAACACUAUUCUUACCGAAUAUCACCCCUUAGGCUCCUUGAGCAACUUGGAGGAAACGCUAAACCUUUCCAAGUACCAGCAUGUGAACACAUGGCAGCACCGCCUGCAGCUGGCCGUGGGCUACGUCGGCGUCAUCCACUACCUGCACCACAGCCCCCUGGGCACGCUGGUCAUGUGCGACUCCAACGACCUGCCCAAGACGCUGUCCCAGUUCCUGCUGACCAGUGACUUCAGCAUUGUGGCAAAUGACCUGGACGCCUUGCCCCUGGUGGACCACAGCACUGGGCUGCUGGUGAAGUGCGGCCACAGGGAGCUGCAUGGGGAUUUUGUGGCUCCGGAGCAACUGUGGCCCUUUGGAGAGGAUGUGCCUUUCCAGGACGAUCUUAUGCUGCCAUAUGACGAGAAGAUCGACAUCUGGAAGAUCCCAGACGUUUCUGGUUUCCUUCUGGGGCACGUUGAAGGGAGCGAUAUGGUUCGAUUCCAUUUGUUUGAUAUUCAUAAGGCGUGUAAGAGCCAGACUCCUGCAGAAAGACCCACUGCUCAGGACGUUCUGGACACUUACCAGAAGGUUUUGAAUUCACUCCGAGAUGCCGUGAUGUCUCAGACGAGAGAAAUGCUAUAAAAGCCAGUCCAGUCAUUGAAGGAUGGGAUUUAAGGACUGAAUGGAAGUUACAGCCGUUCUCUUGACGGUGGAGGGUUUUGCCUGAGUCUCAUGUUUCGUUGUUUUUUGCCGUUUAGCCAUGUGGUUCUUUUUCUACAUCCAUGUGCACAUUUGAGCGUGUUCUGCUUAUCCUGGCCACCUGGUGGAAGUUGCUAAGCAAGAACAAACCAGGCCUGGUUUAAAUCUGGCUUCGCCUUUCCAAUGCCAGUUGCUUCCUGGUGAAGAUGUGGAGAAGCAGUGAAUCUGGUCAGUAUUCAAGGGAAGUAACAAAAAUGUAACUACAAAAAGGCUUCCCCUGCACUAAUAGUUGGAUUUAUAAGUUUGCAAGAAACACAUAUAGCGAAGAGUUUUAAAUGGUAAUACAUGAAAGAAACAUAGAGUAGUUCUUCAAGGAACAUCUUUCCUGUAAUUCUUAAAAUGUAUUGUUCUAAUCAAAUGGAUGUACAAUAAUAAGUGUGGGUGAGGAUUAUGGAAAAAUUGAAACCCUCAUACAUUGCUGGUGGGAAUGAACAAUGGUACAGCCACUUUGGAAAACAGUCUGGCAG